AGCAACAUUUUAUUUUUUACAUUUUCUUUAGAUCGAGAAGAAUUUUGUCAUGACGAGUUGUCAAUGGUAACGCCGAAGAAGCUUCAUCUAAAGAGUUCACUGUAUUGAUGUAUAAAGAGCAACUCCUCUGGAAAACAAGGAAAUUCUUGCUAUAGCUGCAAAGAAACAUGAUGGAUCCCACCAUGAAGAUAAAUGUCCUGAUAUUAUUGCUGUUUUGUAUCGCAGCGAGUGUUGGAGCAGCAAGUAACAGCACAACCGAAUGGUACACAGAACCGGAAGAGAUCAGUGAUUCUAUCCCAGUGGCCAUUACGAUCCUGGUGAUUCUCAUCCUCCUGCUGCUGAUAUGCAUUAUCAUUGUCCUAUUGGUUUGCAUAAGACUGCUGUCCAAAUCUACCAGAAGUAAAGAUCUAGAACCAGAUCCAUCUGUGAGAAGCAACAGGAAUGAGUCGUCACAUGAACAGCACAGUUACCCACCUGAACAGCGCAUGGAGCCUGUAGGAGGACAUCAACAACAGCAACAACACACUCCAGUCAUUUACGUGUCCCCUCAAAGCCAGCCUCGGAAGAGUGAACCCCAACAAUACUCUAUCCCUGGCCAUGUUUGUGUGUGCAAUGAAUGUAAAGAAAUCAGAAAACAACAAGGGAAGAGCCAACCCCAAACAUGAGCUAACAUACAAACCACAUUGUUUCAAUUGACUUUGUCAAACGUUGCUAAUUAAGUUGAUUAUGUCACGGUGGUAACAGUUUCAUGAGAAUACGACCUCUUAGUAUUCAUUCAGCCAUGCACAUACCUGUCAUCUUGAUUUUGAACGUUGGGUAUUUCAUCCCCCGGAAGGGGUGACUCUUGAAAAGUGGCUAGGGGGGCUCGACGGACGGUUUUGAAAAUGACCCUAAAAGGUGCGCAUAAAUUAACUGAGAUGCUGAUUUUAGACCCUAAAAGGUACGACCACAUUUAAAAUGACGUUUCCAACCAUUAUAUGUAUGACGUUUGAUAUUUUUCAAAACAAACAAAUCUGAUCCUAAAAGGUAGAGUCAGACGGGAGUCAGCCGGAGACCCUAAAAGGUACGCGAGGUCUCAUUUUCGACCCUAAAAAGGUCUGUUGAAUCCCCCUACCCACUUUUCAAGAGAGUCCUCCCCCCGGGUUUUAUCCUAGGCCGUACGUACAUUAUAUACCAUCUAUACAUGUAUAUCACUCAAGAAUCGAGCUAAAUGUCAUUGGUGACAAAACCCCAAACAUCAUUUUUUACGCAAGUAAUAAAUCUUUCUUCUUCUCCUUCCAUAAAA